AUGAGCAAUACUAAUUUAAGUGAUAUUCUGCGAUACAGUGCAGAUGAAUCUGAAUCGUCAGAUUCAGAUACCGAGACAGUAAGCUCAUCGAAAUUGGUGGCCCAUCCAAGAAAGUUUGAUAGUUCGAGUGAUGAGGGACAAUAUGAUUCUGAUGAUCAAAAUGAUACGAAUAAAUUGAAUUCUUCCAAUAUUUUCCGCCCUCUUCUAGAUUAUAAUAUAAUUACUAUAAAUCAAAGUGAUAACAGUAUAUUGAUAGGAUUAACUCAAAAGCAACGUAUUUUUAUUUCUGGGAUAUUUAAUUUACAAGUGGUAAAAGGUGGGAUUGUAUAUAACAAUGUUCAUUAUAAUGCUUCAAAAAAAAUAUACACAGUAUGGCAUCCGUUAUCAAAUUCAAUUCCUUCCAUUAAUUCUUCGCAUUAUGCUGGCUGGGAAGAAUCAUUGCACCUUCCUUAUAAGUAUAAGAAUAUUGCUAAAGAUCGAUUGGAUGCAUUCCCUUGUAUACUGAAAAUCAAUAAUUCUAAUUUUGAAACAUUAUUAGAGGUUUGUAACUUAUUCCCAGAGUCACGUUAUCUAUGGAAACUUAAAAAUGGUACAAAUCAAUCUUUUAGUUCAGAUACUGCAACUUAUGACAUUUUAAAUAAAGAUAUUGACCCGUUUAUUCCAUUAGAAAUAUCACAAAAUUGGGUUUCAGUAAUUGAGAAGCUUAAUGUUGCUCAUAAAAAUUCACAAUAUGAUAUGAGGGUAUUGGCAUUGGGAGGUAAAAAUUCAGGCAAGUCCACAUUUUUAAGACUCCUUAGAGAAACAUUUAAUAAUACCAUUUCAGAAAAUCAGAUAGAAAAUGACAUGCUUUAUCUUGAUUUUGAUCCAGGUCAGUGUGAGGUUUCAGAACCUGAGUGUAUUAGCUUAUCAAAAUUAAAACCAAAUAAUGAAAUUCUGGGAAAUUCUUUAUCUAUCCACUAUCAAGAAAUGUUGGAUCAAAUUUAUAUAGGUUCUUCAUCGCCUCAAGAUAUGCCAUCCAAAUAUUUGGAGGCAAUUAACUCGAUCAUACAAUCAUUUGAAGAUCAGUCUUUCAUGGGAACGUCACUACUAAACUUACCGGGCUGGAUAAAAGGUUUUGGACUAAAUAUAAUAAAUCAUGUAAUUAAUAGUUUCAAACCAACCCAUAUUAUACUGCUGGAAUCGAAUUCAACCAAAUCAUCCUUCUCAGAUCUGGUGAUUCCAGACUAUUUUAGUUCAGAUUUAAAUGAGCAUUAUCAACCCAUUGUAUACAAUAUCUUGGCAAAUACUAUUAAUUCAAAUAAUUCCCCUACUUCCAAGUUUCAAGCAAAUCAAAUUAGAACAUAUAAAAUGAUUACUUAUAUGCAUACGAUUCAAAAGUCAUAUCAGGGAUUAAAAUUUGAUUUUAAUCCUCUAAUAUCCAAGGCCCCAAUUCAAGUAAGCUUUGGUGAAGCUGGAAUUCGUGGCUUUCAAUUCACAGAGGAAUUCAGAAAGUUAAAUGAAAAUGAUAUAAAGGGAUCAUUGGAAGGCACGAUAGUUGCAUUGCAUUCCUUAAAUUCUAAGGAACUUAUGGAUAUCACCUACGCAGGAAAGUUUCCCUUAAUCGAUAAUGAGAUAAAAGAUAAAACUUACAUCAGCUUGUUAUUGAUUCAUUCUAUUGAUGUCGAAAAGAAGUUGAUGAAUAUAUAUAUUCCUGAUCAUAAGCUGGGUAUAUUAAAAUCAAAUUGUGAUAAAAUAUGGAUUAUUGUUAGAAACAAGACUGAGACUCCAAUCCAAGAACUUUAUAGUGAUAAUUUAGAACUUCAGAAUGCAACCGAAAUACCAUAUAUUUCUACAGAAAGAAGAAAAAAAUAUGAACACGUUUGGAAAGUUCGUAAAAAUGUUCUAAGAAGAGGGCAUCAUAUGAAAUAA